GGGGCAGGUCCGCCGCGCUUCGCCAUGGCCGCCGUGCUGCGCCUGUUCCUCCGUCCAGCGUCCGCCGCGCGCCGCUGCGCGCUUCUCCCGCCACCGCCCUGCCGCCUCCGCGGGGCGCGGGGCUGCAGCGUCGGAAACCAGUUCCAGUACCUGGCAGUGCAGAAGACCGGAGCGCGGCAGAGCGUGGGCCUGAUCCAGCUGAACCGGCCACAGGCACUCAACGCCCUCUGCCAGGGGCUGAUGGAGGAGCUGCGGCGGGCACUGGAGGCUCUGGAGGAUGACCCACAGGUGGGGGCUAUCGUCAUCACUGGUAGCCAGAAAGCCUUUGCAGCUGGCGCAGACAUCAAGGAGAUGCAGAAUAAAACUUUCCAGGAGUCCUAUAGCAGCGGCUUCCUUGCCGGCUGGGACAAGGUCUCCACCGUCCGCAAGCCCAUCAUCGCUGCUGUCAACGGCUAUGCUCUGGGUGGUGGGUGUGAGCUGGCCAUGAUGUGCGACAUCAUUUACGCUGGGGAGAAGGCACAGUUCGGGCAACCCGAAAUCCUGCUGGGAACCAUCCCAGGUGCUGGAGGGACACAGAGGUUGACCAGGGCGGUGGGGAAGUCACUGGCGAUGGAGAUGGUCCUCACUGGGGACCGGAUUUCGGCAGCAGAGGCGAAGGAGGCAGGUCUGGUCAGCAAGAUCUUCCCUGUGGAGAAGCUGCUGGAUGCAGCCAUCGCCUGUGCUGAAAAGAUUGCCAGCAACUCCAAGCUGGUGACUGCCAUGGCAAAGGAGUCAGUCAAUGCUGCCUUUGAGACAACACUGUCGGAGGGGAACAAGACAGAAAAGCGUCUUUUUUAUGCCACCUUUGCCACUGACGACCGCAAGGAGGGGAUGACGGCUUUUGUGGAGAAGCGCAAGGCGAAAUUCACCGAUAGCUGAGGCCAUGCAGGUCCUUGUGGCCAUCUGUCCGUUGCGUCACCCUGCAGAGGUGGCCAGGGCCCCUUGGCCAGUGAUUCUUGCCUGGGGUGAGAUGAUUGGUGGUGGUAACCACAUUCACUGUUGCUAUUAAAAAGAUUUUCCUGGUGCUGCCGGGAGAUGGGGCAUCCUUGCUGUGGAGUCCCUCCUGAGCUGGGAAAUGUUGGGGUUUGCUGGGACCUCUCCACUCCAAGGCUGAGUG